AUGUGGCGUCGGCUCCGCUCCGCCCUCCGGAGCCUCCGCGGCUCCCCCGCCGCUCACCCACGCGGCGGUGGCGGCCCCCCGCCCGCCGCCAUGGAGCGCGCCGUGGUGCGCUGCGUGCCUUCCGAGCCCAAGCUGAGUCUGCGGUUCGUGCUGCCCGACGGCAGCGCUCGGCACAUGCAGCGCGACCAGGCAGAGCCGCUGGGGCGGGCGCUGGCGCGCAUCGCCACCAACGCCUCUAAGGGCCACGGCAAGGCGAGCAAGAAGAGCAAGAAGGCGCGGGCGGAGGGCGACGCGGAGGGCGAGACGGCGGUACCGGCCGUGCGGCUGUUCUCCCGCGACGGGGCGGAGGUGGCGGAGGAGGUGCCGAACGCGGCUGCCUGGCAGGACGGCGCCGUGCUGCACAUCGGGGACGCGCGGUACCGCGUGGAGCGCAACCCGCCCGCGCUCACCGAGCUCCGCCUGCCGCGCUCGCUCCUCGCCGGCUUCCCCGUGUGCCCCAAGGUGAGCGCCGAGUUCGCCGCGCCGCAGCACUGUCUGUUCCGCUGGUUCCGCGAGCAGCGCCCCGAGGGCGGCGGGGUGACGAAUGGGGAGGUCUGGGUGGAGACGGCGGCGGCCGGGCGCGUGUUCACGCCGUCGAACGCGCUGGUGGGGCUGCGGCUGAAGCUGCGCUGCACGCCCGGGGACGGGGAGCAGCGCUACGGCCCGGCCCGCGAGGUGGAAAGCAGCGGCCCCGUGGAGGCCGGGCCCGGCGCCUGCACCUUCGACUCCCGGCACCUCUACACCAAGAAGGUUUGCGGCCACGGCUCCGUCCGCGCCGUCUCCUACAACAUCCUGGCCGACACCUACGCGCAGACGGAGUUCUCCCGCACCGUGCUCUACCCCUACUGCGCUCCCUACGCCCUGGAGAUCGACUACCGCCAGAACCUGCUCAAGAAGGAGCUGGCGGGCUACAGCGCCGACCUCAUCUGCUUGCAAGAGGUGGAUAAAUCUGUCUUCCUGGACAGCUUGGUCCCGGCGUUAGAUGCUUUUGGACUGGAGGGGCUGUUCAGGAUUAAGGAGAAGCAGCACGAAGGCCUGGCCACUUUCUAUCGCAGGGACAAGUUCAGUCUCCUCAGCCAGCACGAUAUCGCUUUCAGUGAAGCCCUGCUCUCAGAGCCGCUGCACAAGGAACUGUGUGAGCAGCUGGCCAAGUACCCCCUGGUGCAGGAGAAGGUGCUGCAGAGGUCAUCUGUGCUGCAGGUUUCGGUUCUUCAGUCUACAGCUGAUCCUUCGAGGAAACUUUGUGUAGCAAAUACCCACCUAUACUGGCACCCCAAAGGUGGGAACAUCCGUCUGAUCCAAAUUGCUGUAGCCAUGUCUCACAUCAAGCACAUAGCCUGUGACUUGUAUCCCAAUAUCCCAGUCAUAUUCUGUGGAGAUUUUAAUAGCACACCCUCAUCAGGAACUUACAGUUUCAUCAGCAGUGGUGGCAUUGCUGAAGAUCAUGAAGACUGGGUCUCAAAUGGGGAGGAAGAAAGGUGCAGUAUGUCUCUAAGCCAUCCUUUCAAACUGCUAAGUGCUUGUGGAGAACCUGCUUAUACAAACUAUGUCGGUGGGUUUCAUGGAUGUCUGGACUACAUUUUCAUUGACAGAAAUGCUCUAGAGGUUGAACAAGUUAUUCCAUUGCCAAGUCAUGAAGAAAUAACAACCCAUCAGGCUUUGCCAAGUGUUUCACAUCCUUCUGAUCAUAUAGCACUAAUAUGUGACUUGAAGUGGAAAUAGAGUAGUUCUGGCAUGGUGCUUUUGGAGGUUUUCAAACAAGAAAUUUAAUUUAAUGUACUGUUGGGGAACUGAGGUUACGCCCUGACUUGUGUGCUACUAAAAGGAAAGCCAGCAUGAUUAAUGAAGAGUUCAUGUGUUUAAUGGCUCUACUGAAUAUUGUCACAAACACAGAAUAUUUGCAUGACACUUCCCCAUUUUUUAUAUGCUAAUGGAAAAAAUAUAUUGAAGACAGGGUUUUGAAAAUUGGAUUAUCAUAUACAUUUUUAGUGGUGUUUUUAAAGGAUUAAGAAUUAUUUUGUUUAAAAAAAUGGGAAUUUAAACUGAUUUGUAAUUUAACCCUGCCUAAUUCAGAAAUAAACACAGAACCCAAA